AUGUUGUCAACUUGCAGUAAGAGUUGUUCAUUUGUUUUACAGCUUUGUUCAUGGACGACUGGCCUGCAAAAACUCACUCCGACACCUCCUGCGUGGCUUCCCCUGCGCCUCUCGUGGCCACUUUUCUCUGACUCCGGCAUAGACCUCAAUGACACUCUACCUGAGCCGGUAGCCCUCGGCAUCGACCUCGGUGUCAUGAAGAACAUCCAAGAUUAUAUGGUCGAGAAGCUCAGCGUCGACAAGAGCAUCAUCCUAGAGCUCUGCAUCAUCCUCUACAAGCAAGUACCGAACCACCAUGGCCAUGCCACUGGCCAUUGUGCACCAAUUUGACGACGAUGAUUUCCACAG